AUGACUGGAGGCAAAAUUGAAAAUUCCUACUCGGUUAUUGCAAGAGACUAUCUCUAUCCAGUCGGUCAUGAGUUAUUUUUUGGUUUCCAUGCGCGUGACAUCGAGAAAGUGGAAGAAGCUUUUGAAGACGAUGGAGAUGUGAAUUAUUCCGAGAACAUAACCAGAGAUGCGGGUAUGUUUAGCAUAUCAAAUGAUAUUGAUGCUAAUUACUCCGAAACCGAGGAUUCGGACGAUCCAAACACCAUACAGGUUGUUUGUGAUGCUGUUGCUCUAUAUGACUUUGAACCUUUGCAUGAGAAUGAACUGGGCGUCUCCGAGGGUCAGACAGUAUGCAUCCUAUCAGAAGUUAGUCAUGGUUGGCUAGUUGCAUACGAUGAGCUUUCAGGAAAAAGCGGUCUUGUCCCGGAGUCUUACGUUAAUUUGAUCCAGUAA